GAGCUGAGAGCAGAGGACAUCGUCAAGGGGCAACUAGACAGCAACAGCACGCAGUUCAUUCAUUUUCAGAGCAGCGGACAUGCCCGGUGGACACUUCAGGUUCCCCCCCGAUGUCGGGACGGAGAGUUGCUCCACUUCUCUCCUCCCGCGGCCAAACUUUUCGCGGCCGUAUCGCUAUGGAGCCACAGUGGACGGACACCGGCGCUCCGGUACGGCAUGCAAAUACGUACUCUGACGUCGGCGAUCAUGUGGCUUUUGGCGUAGAUCCUCCUUGUGAUCGCCAAUUUUUUUCCCCUUCCCUGUCGCCCGUUGUCUCGUCGGCUAUUGCCGCGAGACUCUUUCGGAACCCGGUCGGUGCGUUUCGCUGCUCCGGCCGUCGCUGUGGGAUUGUACCGCGCUACCUGAACGUCGCGUCGUGGAGUGGGUGGGCAGGUAAGGAACGGCUCAACUCUUCCCUCUGCUCUCCUGUCGGCUCGCCGGGGCUCUGCCUCUCCAGAGUCCCUCAAGGCAGCAUCCUGUCAUGAAGACCCAGAAGAUCUGCCAUUGCUGGAGCUGACGCUGUCAACGGGUCCAGCCCACUCUGCUCUACAAACAGUCCUUCCUCCCCCAUUAUUCAAUUUGGUCUCGCCACAAAUAACCAUUAGAAGCAAGUCUUUGAUGUGUCCUUGUGACUGAGCGCAGUCCCUGGAACGUCCUGGCCCUGGUCUGCAAUCGAUCCGUCUGGUUGAGCUUUAGCCACCAGCUCUGUAUCUCAUCAGUGUAGGUCCUGCAUCCUGGGAUCCUGAGCCAGGAUCUGAAAACAUCAUGUCCAGUCGACGCAAGGCUUCCACUCCCUGUAUGAUCCGACCAGAGCAGACGCAGGUGGAGCCGGACGACGAUGAGGAUGAAACCCACAAUAUGGAGGUAACUGAAAACCAUGUUCAGGAGGCACCUUUGAAUGCGGACCACCCUAUCCAAGCAGAGCCGCCAACGGACUCGGAUGUAACAGGCAAAGCCUCGGACCCCCCCACGGGUCCGGACAAACCCCAAAAGGAGCCCCCAGACCCCUCCAAACCUCAGCGCAGACAGCAGGGGGGCUACGAGUGCAAAUACUGCACCUUCUCAACGCAGAAUCUCAACACUUUCAAGGAACACGUGGACUCCAGUCAUCCGAACGUGAUCCUAAACCCGCUGUACCUGUGCGCUGUCUGCAACUUCAACACGAAGAAGUUCGAUACGUUAACGGAGCACAACGAGAGAUGCCACCCAGGGGAGAGCAACUUCAAGUUCAAACGCAUCAAAAUGAACAACCAGACAAUCCUGGAGCAGACAAUAGAGGGCUGCAGCAACAACGCAGUCAUCUACAACAUGUCGGGGUCACAUUCUGGCAAAGGGGAGCGACUGGGCACCCCCCCGCUCAGCAAACCCGGCACAGUAAAAACUGCUAAACCAAAAACAUUGUGCACAGAUACCAAACGGACAGAAUCACAGUUGGGUAAACUGACCCCUGAUCUCGCCAAGAAACCAAUAACAGCGCUCAAUGUGAACGGGACGGUUAUCAUCCCAGAGUCGACCCUGCUCAAAGCAGACAGCCUUUCUCACAUCAUGCCUUCUUUACAGCAGCCUAUAAAUUAUACCCAGGUGCCGAAGAUCGCAGUGCCCCUGAACACAACCAAAUACAACCCGUCCCUGGACGACAACCUGACGCUCAUCUCCUCCUUCAACAAGUUCCCCUACCCAACGCAGGCCGAGCUCUCCUGGCUCACCGCCGCCUCCAAGCACCCAGAGGAACAAAUCAAAGUCUGGUUCACCACACAGCGGCUCAAACAGGGCAUCAGCUGGUCACCUGAAGAGGUAGAGGAAGCGAGGAAGAAAAUGUUUAAUGGCACCAUCUCAUCGGUGCCUCAGACUCUCGCCGUGGUGGCUCCACAGCUCGGCUCCAACUCAUCGGCCAGCAGCACAGCAUCUAAAGCGCUGUCGUCAGCUGCCUCUGUCCUUCAGUCCCUCCCCUGUCAGAUCCUGGGUCAGAACAGCCUGGUGCUGACUCCUGUGGCCAACGGCUCCGGUGUCACAUGUGCACCGCUGGCACUCACAGUGGCUAACCAGGUGGCUCCGUCACUCAAGCGCCCGCUGGCCACCCCUGUGAUCGCCACAGAGAUCAAGCGGCCCUCCAUCAUCCAGACCAUCCCGGCACCGACGGCCACGGCCAAGCUGCCGUCGGCCAAAAUGCUGAGUUUCACCGCCGACCCGAACAAGACGGCCGAGCAGCUGUCGGUGCUGCGGUCCAGCUACACACAGUGUCCUUUCCCUGAGGAAGAUGAGAUCUACAGGCUCAUAGAAACCACGGGACUGUCCAGGGGAGAGAUAAAGAAGUGGUUCAGUGAGCAGAGGCUCCUCAAUCUCAAAAGUGUAGCGUCUUCACCCGUGCUGGUGAAAGCAGAGGCCUCCCCAUCUGUUCCAGAUGGACCUGUUAAGAAAGCUGUCCCAAGCCACUUCCCCCUGCUGGAGAGAGUGAAGGGGAAGUCAGCGGAGCAGCUCAAGGCUCUGGAGGAGAGUUUCCAGAGAAGCAGCUCGCCCACGGAAAAGGAGCUCGACCAGCUGGCUCUGGAGACCAGGCUGUCCAAGAUGGAGGUGGACUGCUGGUUUUCGGAGCGCCGCGCCCUGAGGGACAACAUGGAGAAGGUUCUGCUCACCAUGGCCUCCAAGAACCUGGAGGACAGGCUGGAGCGAGUGGGAGGGGCGCUGCUGAAUGGGGGUUCUCACCGAGAGCAGGAUGGGAAGGCUCUUCGCUCCUCUCCUCACCCAGCCGUCCUCUCCUCCUCCUCCUCCUCCUCGUCUUCCUCUUCUCCUCCUCUGCUCGCAGCUUCCUCUCCUCACCCUCCAACCCAUUCCUCUUCGAGAUCUCCUCCCAUCCUCAACUCUUCUUCUCCACAUCCUCCCCUCCUGUCGGUCUCCUCGAGCCCGAUUCCCAUCUCCAGUCGUACCGUAGCCCUCCUCAGAGGGAUGUUCUGCCGGACCCAGUGGCCGUCCCCCGAGGAGUACAGCCAGCUGGAGCUCCAGACAAAUCUGGGCCGCACCGACAUUGUGCGCUGGUUCAAGGACCACCGCUCAGCCCUGAAGAACGGCGAGACCCUGGACUGGAUGGAGGCUUUCCAAAAGCAAAACCUUGCAGAGCAGCAGAACGGCCAGAUCUCUGACAACAACCAGAGCGUUUCCUCGGAAGUCAAGGCUGUGAACGCGGAGGAGACCGGGGGAAGUGUAGCCGCUGCGGAGAACACCAAAACGUCCGCUCAAGGCAAGGGCCACUGGUUGGCUGAGCGACUAACACAGGGUGUGACUGAUCUGAGCCGACCCGGGCCGGACCAGAACAGCUGUGGUGCUCCUGAAAAAGAGAGGUGGGUAAAGGUCACUGUUGCUGCUGCAGAGGAGACUGAAGGAGCGGAGAGACCGAGGCUGGCAACCGACACUGGUCUUCUGACCGUGGAGCAACCAGGAAGGGUGACUGGUUGAUGGAAAAGUAAAUGCUUCAACGCAGAUUCACCAGCCACCAUGAGACAAGUGAAAAUGACCAAUCAGGUCCGUGGUGCGUCAGUGACAUCAUCACAAAGCACCAGGGACGGUUGACUGUCAGUGUGGAGGCACUGAGGUGAAGAACUGAUGCUGACAUGAGGAGGAGUGCCAAAGCUGGACUUGAUGCAGAUCUCCCACUACUAUUUUGUUUUUGUCUAAAGUCCCUGUAAAUAUAUUUGUCAUACAGAGUAAAUAGCCUGUUCAGGUUUAA